AUGUUCGACAAUUGUUGCUUCUGUAUUCCUAUUCGGGUUGGCACUAUAAUCCUCGCUGUUCUUUGUUUGUUUGUUGCUAUUGGAGCAGCAGUGGGUUACCUAGGGAAACCAGAAGUGUACGCGCCUGAUAUGUCAAAAGGUCUUACACUGGUUUUUGGUAUUGCAUACAUUAUCAUGGCAUUGGUCUCUUUCUUUGGGAUCGUCGGUUCGUUCUUUAGUGCAGCAGGAGCAGUCCGUAUUUUCGCCACAAUGUUAUGGGGAUUUGUCUUAGUUAAUACUGUUAUUUCCAUCAUCAAUAUCGUCAAUUUAACUCAAAAUAAACAAACAGCGAUUGAUAGAUGUAUAUAUAAUGGUCAAUCGCAAGUUAAUUCCACAGUUUCAGAUAUAAAUCAAUCACAGUCUGGUACUCCAGUUGUUAGUAAUAUAGCUGAGAAUGCAACCUCUUCUGCAUAUGGAAAGGUCGCAGAAAAUCUUCCAGGUGUUUGUAAUAAUAUAGAAACUGCGAGGAUCAUAGUUUUUGGGGUUAUAGCAGGUGUAAUUAUAUUAUUUGAAGCAUAUUUUGCUAGAGUGGCUUCUCGUUUCGCAGAGCAACUUGAAGAAAAUUAUUUCCGUAAACGUGAUCUCAGAAAUAUUGCUCAUGAAAAUGUUGUGACAGUAAUUGAACGUGUUACCAAUGUUGUGACAGUUUACGUUCCAGUCACGGCAAAGUCUCUGCCCUUUAGUCAACAAGAAGUGGCACGGUUUACGCAAAUAGCAUCAAAUAAUAAGGUGCCGCAGAAUUCACUCUUUGUUUCAAGUGUUGAAUCGCCCUCAAAGAUUUUAAACAUUCCAUCUACUCCCACAAUCUCAGCUGCAUCCAUUCCAACCAUAAACUUCGGCACUACCAAAAACAUUCCGGCCACCUCCAUCGAUACCAUCAAAAACAUUCCGGCCACCUCCAUCGAUACCAUCAAAAACAUUCCAGCCACUACCUCCGUCGAUACCAUCAAAAACAUUCAAGCAACUUCCGUCGACACCAUAAAGAUCAUUUCAACCACUCCCAUUGAAACUACAACCGCCAUCCCCAUUAGUACCACUGCGAACAUUCCAUUCACUUCCAUCGCCACCAAUACAGUUAAAGCUACCACUUUAAAACCAACUACAUCUAUACAAAUGAUGACCACGGCACCGGUCACAAUUCAAAUGUUAACCACACCAACUACUAAUUCACUUCCGAAAACACAAUUGACAAAUAGUGCUCCCUCAAUAGCUAACACAGUGACUUCAAAAGUAAUGUCUGUCUCGCGUACUCGUUCAACUUAUAAUCAACAUCCUAAACCCAGUACUACCGCUUCCGUUAGUCGUCCUUCUUCGAAUACUGUUAGGAUAGAAUCUAUGUUUUGGUCCUUACUAGUAGCUGUUGCGAUUUGUAUUUUUGUUUUCGGAAUG